CGACAAGUCAUAGGACGGACUCUCUCGCUUCCAGAUACCAAGUCUGGCGCAAGAAAACCACGGGCUCAGAGUAAAUGACGAAUGCUGUCGCACUUCAAGAAGAGCAGCAUGCACAAAGGACGUGACCAAUGCUUCUACCGCAAGACACGUAUAAUGUCGGAGAAUUGGCGCUACCAUCCUGGGCAUGCUCCACACACGGGACACCAGCAGCGGAUCGCGAUAUCCUUUACGUUCUGGACACGGUCAUUCUUGUAUAUCUUGGCGUUACUAGGCGUCUGGCGCGCUCGAGGACGUUGUGCUAUGGAGGGAUGGAUACCUUGGAAAUCAGGUUGCCGAGGCGGCAGUCCAGAAGAGGCAGGUGAUAACGCUAUGGUGAUUCAUCGUAACUGGUGCAGGCUGAAUACGAUGUACUGAGGAGUUGGAUUUACAUCUACGUUUUCUUGUCUGCGCAAGCAUAACAGUGUAUGCGUUUUCCUGAUAGUUGGUAGCU